AUGGCACCAAGCAAGAAAUCCAAGAAGCAGCGCGCUGCCAAGCUCUCAUCCAAGGCGCGUGACGAGGCAUCCAUCGGAGAACCUGCCACUCAGUCUUUUGGCCAAGCCCCUGCCGAGAACUCUUCCGAAUCAAAGACUGCAACUGUGGUGACGAUCUCAGAUACUGAGGAGUCUGAUACCCAGGUGAACGUGCAAGAAGAGAAUCCAACGGAUGAAAUCGCCGAGGAGACUCCCACUGCUCAGGAAACUAGUCAAGGUCCCUCCAAUGCAGCGCCGACUGUCUUGUACCACAGCACUGCACCGAUCCCUACCCAGCUACUGUCUGUUGUCGAGAAUGGCGGCACUCUCCAUCGUGCGGUUGUGGACAUUCCAAAUCUACCCAUUGACCCAGAGGCUCGCAAAGUCACUAUUGAGAAGCUCGCGAACAGUGUGCGCCAGUUCUCGAGCCUCGUCAAGUUCAUCGACGAAUCUGCAAUGAAGAAGCAAGAGCUAGAUCGCCUCACCAAGCUAGAAGAGGCUUCAAAGAUCGAGUCCCCUCAGAGACGUGAGUUGAUUAAGCUCUACGCCACUGCUUGGCCCAAGGGCUUUAUGCAGUUCCUCGUCAACGCCCUUCUUUUGGGUGUGGUUGUUCAAGAGACGUCGGCAGCUGCGCUUGGCUCCGCCUUUGGUCUGGUUCUUCUGACAAACAUCGUGGCUGUUGGAUUCUUCAAGCAAAGCGCUUGCACUGCUACAGCAAUGCUCGAUGCAAAGAGAGGCCUUGCAUUCAAUGAUGGAGUGGAUAUCAGUGGAUUCAGUCAUUCGGCAAUGAUUAACUGGGGCUACAACUGGUACUCGGACACCUGGCAGACGACCAACGAGAUUGAGUUCGGUCCAAUGCUUUGGGGAAUCAAGAUGGAACUUCCAGAUGUGUUUUCUCCCAAUGCCUGGAAAUGGGUCGACAGCGGUGACCAACUCAGUGGUGUCAAAACCACCCACGUCCUCAGCUUCAACGAGCCCGACCAUCCCGCCCAAGCAAACAUGGACGUUGGAACCGCUAUCGCCUGGCACCAGUACUACUUUGAGCAGUUCAUCGGAAGGGCUCUUAUCGGCUCCCCGGCUGUCACCAACGGAGGAUACGAGUGGCUCAACACAUUCCUCUACAACUGCGACCUCCACGAAGCCUGUCACGUGGACUUUGUUGCCGUUCACUGGUACAAUAAGGCCGCCUACGUCGACGACUUCAAGAACUGGAUCGACCGAGUCUGCACGCUCGCUCAUCCUCGCAAGGUCUGGCUGACCGAGUUCCAGGGACUCGGCACCGAGGAGGAGAUGAUCUCCUUCCUCCGGGAGGUCCUGCCCUGGCUCGAUGCCAACAACUGCGUAGAGCGCUACGCAUACUUUGGCAUCACGACCAACGACCACCACAUGCUGGUGGGCGCUGGCCCAGAGCUGAGCCUGAUCGGAGAGAUCUAUGCCGGAUUCCGUAACUAG